AGGUCACUCUGGGUAUUAUGCAAUCCGUGACACUCUCGAGGCGUGUGUUCAAAAAGAUAGACCAGUUUUUAAUAGAAGUCUGUGGGUAGAUCGCCAGCUUGCAAGGAUCAUUUCCCGUUUUCCUUCAUUAAAUAAGAGAUACAGAAGGGAAUACAUGGCAACAGUGACAGUCAUGCACCGGCAGCCAGCCCUGUGGAGGCAGUGCCAUAGGACGGCUGGUAUUGGUGUCUGUCGUCUCCACACCAGCAGCAGCAGUGCCUCCUCCAAAGAGCAUUACAAGGUCCUAGUGCUGGGAGGAGGAACUGGGGGCAUCGCAAUGAGUGCUCGGAUGAAGAGGAAGCUAGGGGCGGAAAAUGUGGCCGUAGUGGAAACCAGUGAGAUGCAUUACUAUCAACCCAUCUGGACGUUGGUUGGAGCUGGAGUCAAAAGUGUGGCCUCCUCUGGUCGCCCUACAGCCAGUGUCAUACCUCCUGGAGUCAAGUGGGUGAAAUCGAAUGUACGGGAGAUCGACCCAGACGCAAACACUGUGCGCACAGACAAUGGCAUGGAGAUCUCCUACCAGUAUCUGAUAGUGGCUCUAGGUCUACAACUACACUACGAGAAGAUCAAAGGCCUGCCUGAGAUUGAUGAUUGGGAGGAAUUUAAGAUUGGUUCAAACUACUCCGUGCAAACCGUGGAGAAGACUUGGAGUGCACUGCAGAACUUCAAGGAGGGAAAUGCUAUAUUCUCUUUCCCCAACACUCCGGUGAAGUGUGCAGGAGCACCACAGAAGAUCAUGUACCUGACCGAUGCUUAUCUCAGAAAGACAGGGAAAAGAGCAACUGCCAACAUCGUGUACAACACGUCACUGCCAGUGCUGUUUGGGAUCAAGAAAUAUGCAGAUGCAUUGUGGGAGAUAGUGAAGAAUCGCGACAUCCAGGUGAAUCUCAGACACAACCUCGUAGAGGUCCGGGCCAACAAGCAGGAGGCCGUGUUUGAAAACCUUGACAAUCCUGGAGAAACUGAAGUGUUUGAGUAUGAGAUGCUUCACGUCACUCCUCCAAUGGGACCCAACCCGGUGAUUAAAGGAUCCUCAUUGGCUGAUGAGGGUGGCUGGCUGGACGUCAACAAAGAGACCCUUCAACAUAACAAGUAUCCCAAUGUGUUUGGGAUCGGAGACUGCACCAACCUGCCAACAGUCAAAACAGCUGCUGCGGUGGCUGCUCAGUCUAGUAUUCUGGACAGGACUAUUUCAAAAGUCUUGAAGAAUGAAAAGCCGGAUACGAAGUAUGACGGCUACACUUCCUGCCCUUUGGUGACGAGUUACAGUAAAGUCAUUCUGGCUGAGUUUGACUAUAGUGGUCAGCCAUUGGAGACAUUCCCCAUUGACCAAAGCAAGGAGAGAUGGACCAUGUACCACAUGAAAGCUGACGUGAUGCCUCCUCUGUACUGGCAUGGUCUUCUCAAGGGAUUCUGGGGCGGACCAGGACCAAUCAGGAAAAUCAUGCACCUUGGGAUGAAAUAGAAGUUAUAACCUGUUAAGAUGUGCUGUUCCAGACUGCUACACUGUAAUCUUUACAAUAACCAUGAUCGUUUCAUAAUACAAUUUAAACAAGUCAUUGACAAUCAAUUGAAAUCUCAAAGUAAAUCGAUGACAAAAGUAAUAUUGCAGCAUUCCAUGACAUACUAUAUCGUUCAUUAUAAACUGGGUGGUUCGAGCUCUGAAUGCUGAUUGGCUGAAAGCCAUGGUAUAUCAGACCGUAUUCAAAGGGUAUGACAAAACAUUUAUUUUUAGUGCUCUAAUUAUGUUCGUAACCAGUUUAUAAUAGCAAUAAGGCACCUCGGGUUUGUGGUAUAUGGCCAAUAUACCACGGCUAAGGGCUGUGUCCAGGCACUCCGCGUUGCGUCAUGCAUAAGAACAGCCCUUGGCCGUGGUAUAUUGGCCAUAUACCACACCUCCUCGGGCCUUAUUGUUUAAAUGUGCAAACCAGGCAGGAUUUGUUUCACAUAUAGGCCUAUAUUUAUAAAAUGUCAAUCUGAUAAUGGAAUGUAUAUCAUUGAAUAUCUUAUAAAUGUGAUUUAGAGAUUCUCACAACUCAUAAGGAUAAUUAGGGGAGAAUUUACCAGAUGUAUACUUCAAUGCAUUGAAAUACUAAUUUCCAAAGCCAACAUUAGAUCUCUACAGCUAAUGUUACCAUCAGCAUUACAUCAGUAGGCUUCUAUUACAUAGGAUUGUCCUUCUGUCAUUUCAUAAAGAAUAUGUGCUACAUAUUAUAAAGAUGUGUGUAAUUUUAAUAAAUAACAUAUGUCAUAGCA